AUGGUGGUGAGGAUCCGACUGGCAAGGUUCGGAUGCAAAAACAGGCCGUUCUAUCGGGUCAUGGCGGCCGAUAGCCGAUCUCCUAGAGACGGCAAGCACCUCGAAGUCUUGGGUUACUACAAUCCCUUGCCAGGCCAAGAUGGUGGUAAACGAAUGGGUCUAAACUUUGAAAGAGUGAAGUAUUGGCUAUCUGUUGGAGCUCAGCCCUCAGAUCCUGUGCAGCGCAUUCUUUUCAGAGCAGGGUUGCUACCUCCACCGCCAAUGGUGGCAAUGGGACGUAAGGGUGGGCCACGUGACACACGGCCUGUAGAUCCUUUGAGUGGAAGAAUUUUGAGUCCUGAGAAGCCAGCUAAUGGUGAUCAAGUGAAAGAUGCGGAAAGCACUGAAAAUGAUGGGCAACGGGGUUUGCAAGAAACAAUCUUACAUAUCGGAUUGCAGGAUAAGCAGCUUGGUGUCGGUCAAUUCUGA